CGGAUCUUUAAGCAUAAUACUAAUUUUCUUCAUCAAUUGCAACAGAUACAGCAGCCACAAACAAAAGUAUCUUUUCUUUUUUAAUAAUUGUAAUUGGUCUCCCACCACAAGCGCGCGAAGACAUGAGAAAGUAAAAGUCGCUUUGCCUUAGUCAGUAGAGUCAGUACUUAUCAUUCUAAAGUAACAGUUUCUCGUAGUAUGGGUUAAAGUCAGACUGUCAAGUUCUGACAUAUGAUUCUCUUUUUAAAAGAAAUGCUUUAGAUAAUAUUUCUGAACGAAAAAAAAAACCAUGUGGUGGCUUAUUCUAUUAAGUUAUAUAACUGUUGCACAUUCAUUACGUCUCGCGGCGUAUAUUUCAUCUGGCGGUCUGCACGGAGAAAUUCGAUUCGAAAAAGCCACGGACACGUCUGUGAGAAUUCGGUUUUCCCUUCAAGCUACUUUGCAAUAUCCGGAUCAACAAUGGUAUUGGUCAAUUACUCAGUUUCCCGUUGAUUAUACGCUUAUAAAUAAUAGAUGCGACGAACGAUAUCUUGGAGAAAAUGUUAUAGAUCUUACAGAAUUAAUUGGACCGUUAGAUCUGCCUGGAAAUGAAACUGGAGUAGUGGAAGUUCCAGGUAUAAGUUUAACAGGAAAAAUGGGUUUAUGGGGUAAAGGCUUAAUACUUAGGGACACAUACUCAUCUAGGAUCAUCUGUGCUUCGAUCACGGUGCUGGAAAAAAAUGUAGAAAAAGUUGCAAGAGCACAAUUCUAUGGGCCCGUAGCUGGAACUGUUUGGUUCCGAUGGCUAGGCAGUAAUACUGGUGAUAAUACUACUAAUGCAAUAAUUUAUACAGAUCUGCAUCAUGUUAACAAACAGAAAUUGCAAAGCAUAGACUAUACAGAGCAUUAUUGGAAGAUUUAUGUAACUGAUAUUUUCGACAUUGGCAAAGAUAAAUCAAGUUGCAAUAUUCUACAAACUGUUUUUGAUCCUGAUAAUGCUGGUAAUGGAAAAGGUAUUGGUGACAUUGAUGUGCGUUUAGGCAAGAUAAAGGUAGCUACAAAUCAUAACAAAAGGUAUAAAACUUUGUACAGAGAUUCAGAACUAUCUCUACUACCUGCUGAUUUACUUGGUCCUCAUCGCCUCAUAUACUUAGUAAUCUUUCAUCCAACACACGAUGAUUCCUUCCUAGUUUGUACCAAGAUCAAUCACUGGAAAACUAUGUCUACCAAAACUUUAAUAAAUUCUCAUGGUAUAAAAGGAGAGAUGACAUUGACUCAAGUAACACCAUUUGAACCAACAUGGGUUAAUAUAUCCUUAACACCAGUAAAUGAUUUGGAAACAAGAUUACGAUAUGCUACUAAGAUAAAAUCAUAUAAAAUUCAUGAAUUACCUCCAGAAACGACAAAAACUGUAAGCAACACUGCUGUUGUAUGUAAUGCUACUGGGAAAGUAUACAAUCCAAGUCAUAUAGAUGAAACAACAAUACCACCAGCAGGACUUGGAACUCAAGAUCAAUAUGCUAUUGGAGAUCUCUCUGGAAAACUUCAAGGACGCAAAGAAGGAUCAUACCAUAAUGAUAUCUUAUCGGGAAGUGCCAAACUCAUUGGAAUUUAUUGGGAUACAUAUCUUCCACUUUCAGGAAUUUACAGUGUAACUCAUAGAAGUCUUGUUCUUCAUAAGUAUAAUGAAACUGAUAAUAUUAGUAUAAUGCCGUGGGUAUGUGGAAUGUUAAGUCCCCAUUUACCAGAUAAUAGCGGGCAGAUGGCAAUGAUAACAGCACAAGUAAUAUACAGAUAUCCUAUUGUUGGAAGGAUAACAUUCCGUCAACCACAAAACGAUCCUCAAAUGGACACAACUAUUAUAAUUGAAUAUUUAGUGCAUGCAGAUGGUAAUGCUUUAAACAACUCAGCAUUGCAUAGAUGGAUGAUUCACGAUAAUGCACCAGGGAAAGAUUACUAUAAUUGGACAGGUAGAUGUUUGAGUGCAGGAGAUCCUUAUAAUCCUUAUAAGGCAGAGUGGGAUUCAAAGCAUUCUGAACAUUGUUCAAUAGAUGAGACAACAUCGUGUAGAGUAGGUGAUUUAAAAAGACAUGGUACAAUCGAUAUUGCUGGAAGAAAACUUUAUGCAUCUAUUUUAACUAGAAAACUCUUUACGGAUACACUAUUAUCUUUGUCUGGACCUAAUAGUAUUAUAGGGAAAAGUUUAGUUAUAUAUGACGAUAAUGGACCACGUGCAAGAGGAGAAAGACUAGCAUGUUCAAUAAUUAGCAAAGUAUACCGUCGUAAAGCUGUAGUAAAAGAUUGGUUUGGAAAUGGAGAAAAUAUUUCGUUAAGAGGAAAAUUGGAAUUCAUACAACAAUCCGAAUAUGAUGUUACAAAUGGAGAAAUAACUCUUGAUGGUCUCAAUGGAAAAAUGAGUGGAUAUCAUGUACACAUGACUUCAGUAGAACAUGAUUUAGAGUUCCCCUGUGAAGGCACAUCUUUGUAUGGUCACUGGAACCCAUUUGGUGUAAAUAUAAGUAAUGGUACACCACAACCUGGAGAAGGAACAAGUGACCAAUAUGAAAUGGGUGAUCUCAGUGGAAAAUUUGGAACUUUAGAAAACAGAAAAAGAUAUAUAUCAACUUUUAAUGAUACAAUGCUUCCAUUAUUUGGACCAAGAAGUGUGCUGGGUCGAAGCAUAGUAAUUCAUAAAAAAGAAAAGAACAUAAGAUGGGCAUGUUCAACUAUAGAACGAGGAUAUUCACCAUCUGAAGCUAGCGAACUUAGAGCUAUUGCUUCUUUUCAUCAUCCACAAGGAUUUGCAUAUGGAUACAUAAAAAUGACGCAACUAGUACAUAGAGAUGGUGCUGAAAGUGAAACCAUAAUCGAAGUAAAACUUCGUCAUCCUGGUAAACAUGAUCGUAAUAUUACAAAAAAUCAUAACUGGGCGAUAUAUGUAAAUCCAGUUGGUGUGGAUGCAUCUGUACAAGUAAAAGACACUAGAUGUGUAGCAGGUGGAUAUAUAUGGAAUCCCCAUUUUACUCAAUUGGCAGACCCUCUAAACGAUGACCUAUAUAAGCAAGAAUGUGGUUCUGAUUUACCAUUAAGAUGUUACAUAGGAGAUUUAUCAGGCCGAUUGGGAUCCAUUAACAUAGGAUUAGAAAGACAAGUUUUUACAGAUUCAAAUUUUCCUUUAAGUGGAUCAGUAUCAGCUAUGGGAAGAUCUAUCGUUAUUUUCGAUCAAAAUUUUGGAAGCAAUAGAUUUGCUUGUGCUAAUAUUGAACCAGAUAAUGAUAUUGUGAAAUAUGCAAACAUAAGGAAACCACCACGUUUUGUAGUGGCACAAUUUUUAGAAGAUGUACGAAAAGUUAUGGGAAUCCCUGAAUGGAUGUUAUCUAUAGAUAAUAGACAAACUAAAACUUUACAUAAUGGAGCAUGCAUUCAAUUUCUAUUACAUUUUAAAGGUCCACUUGUCAAUAAAAUGGAAGAAGAUUUUAACAAACUUAUGUCUACUGGACGAUUAGAAACACCAAGUUUAUACAUUCCAGGAUAUGUUCCAACAAAACGUAAAGCUACUUUAGGUUAUCGACAAUGUGGAAGUCGAGAUCCAAAUGACAAAAGUUCUAAUUUUUCAGGAUCAAGUACAUCUCCACAAAUUCCAUCACAGCUAAUAUUAAUUUUGAUUACAUUCUUUAUAAGUUAUAGCAUAAAUGGAUUAUAAAUUACAUUCCAAAAAUUUUACUUAAAGUUGAUAUGUCUUAAAGAUAUUUAGUAAAAAUUGUUACAGUAUUUUAAUAUUCAAA